UUUGCGUAAAUCUAGAUUCAUGUUUGCGUAAUUGUAAACCAGGUCCUCAUCUAACGCAACGCAAAGUGUGUUACGACAUUAAUUGGAAUUAUAAUAUUGAUAUCGCACACAUUUUUUUAAAAAUACGGAUAAAAAUGGUCGAGAACGUUGUCAUUUUAAACAAUGAGGACUUCGAUUCUAAUGAUAAAUUUGUAUGGGACAGAUCUAUGACUUUAGCUUUGAUUCAGGAGUACAAACGAUUUCAACAGAAUUUCAAGGAUCCAAGCUUAAAGAAAAAAUUGAUAUGGAAGAACAUGGCUGCUUGCCUUCAUGCCCGAGGCUACACCAAUGUUACGGAUGACGCGUGUGACAAGAAAUGGCGAAAUUUGAAAAAGACUUUUAAGGACAUAUAUACAGGCCAGCGUCGCAAAAAUAAUGGAAAAUGGGCAUAUUAUGAUGUAUUAGAAGACGUGUUGGGGAAAGACCCAAAGAUAUUAAAUGCUUUGAUCGAGCAUACUGUAGUUGAUAAUUCACCAGCAAUACCUAAACACCCCGUUGUCCACAAGUACAAAACUGCAGAUGGCCAAAAUGUACAUGUUAAAGUUGUAGACGUAGGAGAAAUCACCCACUUGCUAGAUGGGCAAGAAGCAUGUGAAUUAACAGAUGCAGUUGAGGAUACAGAAGAUGAGAAUAGCUCGGUAGAGAUUGUUUGUGGAGAAUACAGUGGGGAUCAGCAGAUAGGAAUAGAAGUUGAUCAAAAUCAGCAACAGCCACCACUCUGGUUUGCUUAUUUUUUGACAGAGUACAGAGAACGUGAGCAGAGGCAUUUAAAAUUGCUGCAAAGCAUGCACGAGGAUAUUCUUGCUAUGGAAAACAAAAAGGUCACACUGCUGGAAAAACUACUUGAUAAGUUCAAUUCUUCCACUAAUCAGAAUGCGCAAAGUAAUAAUUCACAUAUCCCAAAUGUAAAUAUUAUGUGCGAAGAUGGUAGCAAUUUAUAAUUUGAUAUUCUGUAAUAGAAAGUAAGAUAUGUAAAAACUUUUAGUUAUUUAAGAUUAAAAACGAUUGUACAGUAAGAACAUAUUAAAGUGUGUAUGUAAGCUCCACAGUGACUAUAGGUCGUAAUUUCGGACGUUUUGUGCAAUAUAGGUAACUUAGAUGAACAUUCAAUUUUUAGCAAUCACUUUGAGGAGCAAAACUAUUCACAUUUGAAUAUACCGCACUGUCAAUGACUAUGUCAAUGUGAUAAAUAUGUAGGAUGUAUAUACAUACCGUAUUGUUCCAAAUAUAAGACAACCCCUGAUUCUGAGAGUAUUUCACGGUGUUUUUCUUAGUUACCCGCAUAUAAGACGUUUACGCAUAUAAGACGAGGACGAUUUUGGCCGAUGCUGUUAACGACAAAAAAAUUCGGGUUAUAUUCAGAAUAAUACGGUAUAUUUAAAAUUUAUUUUUCAAUUUUUUAUGUUUUGAAAAAUCUACAAACAGUUCGAAUAUAUAUAAUAUGUAGAAUUUGUAUUGCACUUUUAAUGCAAUCAUCCAGUUUGAUUGCCAGCUGCUUUUGCUUUGGAGAACCUUUCUAAGUAAAUUACAAGUUCGCAAUGUUUAGUAUAUGGGAACAUGUCAACCGGCACAGCUUUAAUUGGAAUCAACGGCUCACCCUGAUAUUGCUUUGAUGUUGGUCGUGCUAGAUCUAUUAGAUUUUUAAUCGCAGCUUUUGGAUCGCAUGAAAUGUAUACUAAUUUAUGCAGUCUUUUUGCCUUUCGUAAAGUUAUCAAGGCUCGUUGAUCUAGAAAUAUUGAAAUCAGAGGUUAAAUUAAUUUGUUUUUAAAAUGAAAGUUUAAUGGAAAAAUAGAACUGCAAAUAUACUCACGGAGACCAGCUCGUGGUGGAUCAACUAUGGCAAUGAGAUUAUGUUUAGUUGCACGUUGAAUAACCGGUGACAAAAUAUCUUCCGC